AUGCCGUCAUCAUCCAUUGAGUCCAACUCAGUGAAUCAUACAGUGACUGUAUCGCCUCUUGUUCUUUUGUCCGUGGCCGAUCAUUUUGAUCGUGUGGCAAAGGAUUCCAACAAAAGGGUAGUUGGAGUUCUUUUAGGAUAUAACUCAUUUGGAACGAUAAAAGUGACCAAUUCAUACGCAAUCCCGUUUGAAGAAGAUGAGAGAAAUUCGUCAGUUUGGUUCUUGGACCACAACUUCAUUGAGUCAAUGGGUGAGAUGUUUAAGAAAAUCAAUGCUAAGGAAAAGCUUAUCGGGUGGUACCAUUCUGGGCCGAAGUUACGUGCCUCAGAUUUAAAAAUCAAUGAUGUUUUUAAGAGAUACACGCCUAACCCAUUACUCGUUAUCGUUGAUGUACAGCCUAGAUCUGUGGGCAUCCCCACAGAUGCGUACUUUGCGGUGGACGACAUAAAACAUGACGGGUCGAAAGCAGAAAGGACCUUUGUGCAUGUGCCUUCUCUCAUUGAAGCUGAAGAAGCUGAAGAAAUAGGUGUUGAACAUCUUCUUCGUGAUAUAAGAGAUCAAGCAGCCGGAAAUCUUACAAUUAAAGCUACUGAAACAUAUAAGUCUCUUCUUGGAUUACAUCAAAAGUUACGCGAGAUUUCAAGCUACCUUGAAAAAGUCCACAGCGGUAUAAUGCCAAUCAAUCAUUCCAUUUUGGGAAAGCUUCAGAACGUUUUCAAUUUGUUGCCGCAAAUAUUGGUCGAUGAAAGUUCUGAAGGCUCUGACGGCCACAUCCCUAGAUCAAAUGAAGAGUCCACUGAUCCUUUAACAGCCGCCUUUAUGGUGAAAUCGAACGAUCAGAUGAUGAUGGUCUACGUGAGCACUUUAGUCAGAUCUAUUAUAGCUUUUCAUGAUUUGAUUGAAAACAAGUUAGUGAACAAGUCGGACAAGGAGAAAUAG